GCCAGAUGUCUGUCAUUUCUAGAGUUUUGGAAUUUUUUGGCAAUGCACUUCAUGUUUACUCAGGCAGGACAGAGGCCUGUAUUGGCUCCUCAGCAGCCUUAUGAAGAGAAAGGGAAACAGAUUACUUCAUCAUGGUAAUUCUUACAGAAGAGAAACCCAUGAACUGAGCAUAAGCCACACUCCUCAGAAAGGCAACUGUGACUUCAAAGAUGUUUAGUCACUGCGGUGAUCUCUUGUCCAAAAUAUAAUAAAUAUUUCAGCUGAUCAGACAAGAAGUCACACACCCAUGAAGAAGAUGCUAGUGAACUUGAGGAUCAUCUUCCAAGACCACAUCCAAGACAACUCUUCACUACCAGGGUGGCAAGAUGCUAAUCAGUGAAAGAGCCUACCGCUGGCCAAGAGGAACUGCUCGAAGUAGAUCUGAAGGAAAUUUGGUUGACAUGGAAGCCUCAACACUCUCAAAAAAUCAUAAUAUUACAGCAUGCCAGAAGCUUGGCUUUCCUCACAACUGGCCAGAUGCUUUUGUUCACCAUGGUGAUAAUGCUGUAAAAGCUACAAAUCCAUUCUGGAAUGAGCUGUCUGCCUCGAACCCAUUUUUGGAUGACAUCACUCAGCUAAGAAAUAACCAAAAGAGAGAUAAUAUGUCCAUUUUGAAGGAGGAUCCUUUUCUUUUUUUAAGACAAAUAGAAACAGGGAAUGCUUUUGAUUCCUCUGGUGAUGAACUUGACAUGGAUCAGUUGCUUAGGCUAUCUUCCUCAAGGAAGUCAGAAAGAUCUAAGAGUGUUUCAGAACUCCUAGACAUCUUAGAUGAUGCAACACAUACUCAUCAAAGUAUACAUAGCUCUGACCAGAUCCUAAUACAAGACUUAGAAUGGCUUCAAAAUGACCGAGAAGCAUAUAAAAUGGCUUGGCUAAGUCAACGUCAGCUGGCCCGCUCUUGCCUGGAUCUGAAUAUGGUUAAUCAGAGUCCUGGGUGGGCUCAAACACAAAUUGCAGAGACUAUUGCAGUUUGUAAAUUAAACCAUCACGGAGGAUCAGUCCAGUUACCUGACUCAGAUAUCACUGUUCAUGUACCCCAAGGACAUGUAGCUGUAGGAGAAUUCCAGGAGAUAUCUCUGAGAGCAUUUCUGGAUCCUCCGCCAAAGCUGAACCACGAUCUCUCCUGUACUGUAAGCCCUCUGUUAGAAAUCAGGUUAAGCAACCUGAAGACUAUGGAAGCUAUUUUGCUGGAGAUGAAAAUUGGAGCAGAAGUGAAAAUAGAUCCUCUGAGCCAAGUCAUGACAGAAAUGGUGUGUUUACACAGCCUGGACAGAGAAGGCCCUUUCCAAGCACUAAACAACUGUUAUUUCUACAAAGACACAAUUCAAGCAAAGUUUCUUGAUCUGAGCCCUGUAAUGUACAUAGUCAUAGCUGUGCAAGCUAAGGCCAUUCAGCCACCAGCGGCUACUAUUUGGGAUUAUAUUCACAAAACUACCUCCAUUGGAAUCUAUGGACCCAAAUAUAUCCAUCCAAGUUUUACUGCUGUUUUCACAGUUUGUGGACACAACUAUGUGCCAGGAAAGUUUACAGUCUCUGACAUUAGGAAGGGUGGGAAAAACGUUUCUCCGGUAGUAUUUCAUCUCUGGGGGAAGCAUUCAUUUUUACUUGACAAGCCACAAGAUUUAAUUAUUUCAGCUUCAUCAUGUGAUCCUGAUUUUGAAGUAAAGGUAGAGAGAGAAAGGAAAAUAAUCGCACAAAGGCAACUGGAAGCAGGUGCAGUAGUUCACCAACAAGUGUCCUUUUCUUUAGUUGACCACAGAGAGACGCACUUGUUUGUUUUCAGGGUUCAUGUGGGGCCUCCCAGGGGAGCACCAGUCACACAAUUUUUGGUCACUUCACCUGAGCCAGCCCCAAACCUAAAAAGGCUCUCACAUCUUCAGAGCCAUUUCCAGAAGGAGAGAGAAGGCAAGAGAGUGCCUUUGUUAUCAGCAGGGCUUGUUAAGUACCCCACUUUCCAAGAUAAAAAAAUGAACUUUACCAAUUAUGGGGUCACACUGAAGACAGUCCUGAGGCAAAGUAGGACUGACUACUUACUUGAUUAUUUAAAGGGGGAUACAGUUGCCCUUCUUGGAGAAGGCACGGUAAGAGCCAUCGGACAAUCCAAAGUGAAAGAAUGGUAUGUAGGAGUCCUCCGAGGUAAGGUUGGACUUGUGCAUUGCAAAAAUGUCAAAGUGAUUUCCAAAGAGCAAGUGAUGUCUCUGUCUGAUGGCAGUUUGACAACCAAGAAUCUUUUGGAGCAAAUUGCCUUGCCAUUUAAAAAUCUGACUUAUAUAUACUCUGUUGUAUUGACCCUGGUGUCAGAAAACAUUCAUGACUGGAAAGUUUUAGCUAAUGUCCUGGGCUACUCACAUCUGGCACAGGAAGAUUUUGAUCAAAUUCAAGCAUACAAGGAACAAGAAAGGGUUUCUUACAUUGUCAAGAAGUUAAAGGAAGAUUGCCAUGAAGACAGAAGUACCAGAAAGUUUCUUUAUGAACUUAUUGUGGCUCUGCUAAAGAUGGAUUGCCAAGCGUUAGUGGCACGUCUUAUCCAAGAGGCUGUUAUAUUGACCUCAGCUGUUAAGCUUGGAAGAAGCUGGAGGGAACUUGCUGAGAAGUCGGCAGGACUCACUAAGCAUCAGAUGCAGGCAUAUGAAAUUCCCUACCGAGGAAAAUCUGGAGAUGUUUCAGCCGAGACAAUAUGGAAGCCUGCCUAUGAUUUUCUGUAUACAUGGAACACUCAUUAUGGAAAUAGCUAUAGAGAUGUGUUACAAGACCUUCAAUCAGCUUUGGACAGAAUGAAAAACCCUAUCACUAAACAGUGGAGAGACUUAACUGGAACUUUAAUAUUAGUAAAUUCUUUAGAGGUUUUAAGAGUAACUGCUUUCACUACUUCUCAGGAAAUAUAGAAUGAAGAAAGUUUGCAGAGCAAGGAAAAUGGAAGCAAAGACCAAGAAGACAGAGAGCUUAUUAGCCGAUCCAUGUAGUAAGAAUAAAAACAACAAAUU